GUUGAGCCAACUAUCCUGUGGCAAGUGCAUUAAAAGUGAAAUUGAAGAAAAAAUAUAAACAAAAAACCGACGUAUUUUUUGAUAUUCGAAACCGUUGCUGAAAUAGUUGAAUUCGCAAACAGUUUAUCCAAAAUGUGGUAUAUUAAAUUAAGUUGGACUAUCUUGGUGUUUGUGGUGCUGUUCACGUUUGUGACAGGCUCCUGCUUGGAAUAUGGACACUCGUGUUGGGGUGCACAUGGCAAGCGUUCGGGCAACAGGGCGGCAAUUGCAGCUAAACAGCCCACACCCUACGCCGAGAAUUUAGAGGAACAACUCUUCAACAACAACAACAAAAAUAAUAAUGCAAAUGGUGUUGAUGACGAGAGCAAUAAAAUCUACAACUUGCCACUGACUGCAACCGACUUAUCAGCUCAGAGUGUGGAUGCAACGGCGCCGGAACGCAAUCGUGAUGUGAAUGAUGCGAAAUGGACGCAACUGUUGCGUCAGCAUCGCUAUCAGCUGCGGCAGAUGCAGCGUCAGUUCGAUGCCAGCGAUGCGGCAGAGAGUUGGCGCAAGUUGCAACAGGCGAUGGCCGAGGCAGAGCAGCGGCAAGGACAACAGGGGCAGCAACUGCAACAGCAGCAGCAGCAGCAACAGCCGCUGCCCAACGGCGACUUCUUUGAACUCCAAAAGUAAACAUUGACCGCAAAAUGGAAGCCAGACACACACACACACACACACACACACACACACAC